UAAGUUUAUGGCUGCUGAAACCACAUCUGUUAGCCGUAAACGUUCUACAUUGAAAAGGUCGAAAACAAUUUCAAUCAUUGAGUUCACCAAAGUCGCCGAGAACAGAAUGCGUUUACCGUCUGCUAUUUCCGAUGAGUUGUCUCUUUCUUUUCACAACCUCCGUGAUGUUUCAAUCCAAAACAUUAGAUGUGAGGUAACAAACAUGAAGACGAUAGCGGAAAAGAAUGGAGAUGGUUACAGGUAUGGUUUUUCCAAGUGGUCGGCUUUCUUGAAAUCAAAUCAAAUACACAUGGCGCUACUCUUUUCUUUAAAUAUGUCAAGUCUUCGCAGCUUUUGAUUUUGACCAAAUUUGUACACAUGACGACAAAGAAAAGAGGCCGUCCGUGACUGUUUGCAUUUGUGGUUGUUAGUUGGUUUUGUAUAUGUUUUCGUGAACUGGUAGUUAUUAGUUGAUGGUGGGUUUACAGUUGUUUGCAUAAUUUCUACUUGAUUUUCGUAUGGCCCAAGUUGGAUGUCAGUUAUGUU